GGACAGUGUCCAGAGUGGUAAGGAGGAAAAGCAAAAGAGGGCGGCGUAUCCGAGUCGCGUCGUCCGGGUGCACUGUGCGUUUUUCCCCUCCCUCCCUCCAAAUCAGAAUUUCCACCUGACAAAAAAAAUACGCGACAUUCAAUUACUUAAUGUUCAGAACAGGAUUGUUCAACCACCCUUUUUACCGAUAGAGAUAAUAUUCAAGCACAACCGGUAUUCACAAAAGCACGCGGAUGCGCUUGGAAACAUAAGGACAUUUGCUUAAAAAAACAUUUUCGACGAGUCGCAAGAUAUCCGACGGAAAUAUGGCAUUCUAAGCGAGCCUCUUGUAUUUAAACGCACACAAUUGCCAGUUGGAUUCAACUUCCCGGUCGGUUACUGACCGUUCAAGAUGACGUCUCAGCGCAGAGCAUCUGCCAAACAGUGCUGUGAAAGGCUGGCCCUGUCUUUACUCCUCCUCAUGGUCUACAUCUUUCCCCCGGUCUCUGUGGCGCUGCAUAAUUUAACAGCUGGAGGUUGCGCCAUCAUCCGGCCGCCGAGAGAUGGAGGGAUCCGCUACCGGGGACUGACCCAGGAGCAGAUCCGCAGUGUGCAGAUCCUCCCGCUGGAUUAUGAGAUAGAGUACAUCUGCAGGGGCAGCAGAGUGAUCGUGGGGCCCAAGGUGAGGAAGUGCCUCCCCAACGGCACCUGGACCGACCUGAGCCUGCGCAGCCGCUGCUUGCUGCAGUGCCCCCAUGUGUGGGCGUCGCUGGAGAACGGGCAGGUGGAGCUGUGGCCCCCGGGCCCCCCCGUGGAGGGGACCCUGCUGCAGUACAGCUGCCUGCCCGGAUUCUCCCUGGGAGGACGCAACGUCAGCCAGUGCACCAAGCUGGGGAAGUGGGACUCCCCCAAACCCGUCUGCCACUGUGAGUGUGUGUGUGUGUGCAAAAAGAAGCUCUACAUUGGAGCGCUGUUCCCCAUGAGCGGCGGCUGGCCCGGGGGACAAGCUUGCCGACCGUCCGCUCAAAUGGCCCUGGACCUGGUCAAUAACAGAACGGAUAUUCUCCCGGAUUACGAGCUGGAGUUGAUCUACUAUGACAGCAAGUGUGACCCGGGUGAGGCCACGCGCUUGCUGUAUGACCUGCUGUACACGGAGCCCAUAAAGAUUGUGCUGAUGCCCGGCUGCAGCUCCGUGUCCACCCUGGUGGCUGAGGCGGCCCGCAUGUGGAACCUGAUCGUGCUGUCCUACGGCUCCAGCUCCCCGGCGCUCUCGAACCGGCAGCGUUUCCCCACCUUCUUCCGCACGCACCCGUCGGCCACCCUGCACAACCCCACCCGCGUGCAGCUCUUCCAGAAGUGGAAGUGGACCAAGAUCGCCACCAUCCAGCAGACCACCGAGGUCUUCACUUCGACUCUGGAUGAUUUGGAGCAGAGGGUGAAGGAGGCUGGCAUAGAGAUCAGCGUGAGACAGAGCUUCCUGACCGACCCCGCUGUGGCUGUCAAAAACCUCAAGCGGCAGGACGCCCGGAUCAUCGUGGGACUGUUCUACGAGACAGAGGCACGGAAAGUGUUCUGUGAGGUCUUUAAGGAGAAGCUCUUUGGGAAGAAAUACGUCUGGUUUCUGAUUGGCUGGUACGCAGACAACUGGUUCAAAAUCAAGGAUCCGUCGAUCAACUGCACGGUGGAGAACAUGACGGAGGCCGUGGAGGGUCACGUGACCACGGAGAUCGUCAUGCUGAACCCCGAGACCGUCCGGGGCGCCUCGAACCUGACCUCGCAGGAGUUCCUGGUCCAGCUGAUGUCCCGCCUGGGGGGGAAGAACCCGGAGGAAACGGGGGGCUUCCAGGAGGCCCCGCUGGCCUACGACGCCGUUUGGGCGCUGGCUUUGGCCCUCAACAAGACCGUGGGGCCCCUGAGGGCCCGCGGCCGGCGGCUGGAGGACUUCAACUACAACAACCGCGACAUCACCGCAGAGAUCUACCGCGCACUGAACACCAGCUCCUUCGAAGGGGUGUCUGGUCAUGUAGUUUUUGAUGCCCAGGGUUCGAGGAUGGCCUGGACGCUUAUCGAGCAACUACAAGGGGGAAGCUAUAAGAAGAUUGGUUACUAUGACAGCACCAAGGGGAACCUGUCCUGGUUCGGCAAUGACAAAUGGAUAGGUCCUGGUCCCCCAGCUGACCAGACGGUGGUCAUUGAGGAGUUCCGCUUCCUGUCUCAGAAGCUUUUUGUCUCUGUGUCGGUCUUCGCUGGCCUUGGAAUUCUCCUGGGCGUCCUGUGCCUCACAUUCAAUAUCUACAACAGUAAUAUUAGGUACAUUCAGAACUCUCAGCCCUACCUGAAUAACAUGACGGCGGUGGGCUGUAUGCUGGCCCUGGCAGCCGUGUUUCCGCUGGGCAUCGAUGGUCUCCACGUGCGCCGCUCGCAGUUUCCCGUCGUCUGUCAGUUUCGGCUCUGGUUGCUGGGCCUUGGAUUCAGUCUGGCCUACGGCAGUAUGUUCACAAAGAUCUGGUGGGUUCACACCGUCUUCACCAAGAAGGACGAGAAGAAAGACAAGAGAAAGCAGCACCUGGAGCCAUGGAAACUCUAUGCCACUGUCGGCGUGUUGCUUGGCAUCGACAUCCUGUCGCUCAUGAUCUGGCAGAUUGUGGAUCCUCUGCACAUAACCAUAGAGAAGUUCACCAGAGAGGCACCGAAGGGGGACCUGGACGUCCUGAUCCAGCCACUCCUGGAGCACUGCAGCUCAGAGAAGAUGAACACCUGGCUAGGGGUGGUCUAUGGCUACAAGGGCCUGCUGCUGCUGCUGGGCAUAUUCCUGGCCUAUGAGACCAAGUCCGUUUCCACGGAGAAGAUCAACGAUCACCGGGCGGUGGGGAUGGCCAUCUACAACGUUUCGGUCCUGUGUAUGAUCACUGCUCCUGUCACCAUGAUCCUGUCCUCCCAGCAGGACGCCUCCUUUGCCUUCGCCUCCCUGGCCAUCGUCUUCUCCGUCUAUAUCACCCUGGUGGUGCUCUUCGCCCCCAAGAUGCGCAGGUUGAUCACUCGAGGCGAGUGGCAGUCGGAGCAGCAGGAGACCAUGAAGACUGGCUCGUCCACCAACAACAACGACGAGGAGAAGUCUCGGCAGCUGGAGCGAGAGAACAAGGAACUGCAGAAGAUCAUUCAAGAGAAAGAAGAGCGGGUGUCUGAGCUUCGUAACCAGCUGAGCGAGAGGCAGGCUCUCCGGUCCCGAAGACGCCCCUCCACCGCCACCCAACAGCAGAACCACAGCACCCCGCUGCCCGCCGCCCCCCAGAACGACCCCAAAUCCCUCCUGCCCCCACCCGGGUACCCCCUCCCUGCUUCCGACAACCACUCCAUCCCUCCCUCCUUCUCCAACUCCUCCAGCCUCUACCAGUCUGACGGCAAGAUCAGCCUGAACAACUGCCACACCAGUCACCUGCAGCUACUCUACAAAUGAGGGACAGCCAGGGGCGGGGCUACGGAGGGGAAGGGGAGGAGUCACAGAGGGGAGGAGCUGGCAACAGAAGGGAGGCUGGGGACGGGUAGUGGAGAAGGGGAAAGUCGAUGAUGGGAGGAUUUUGUGAAAGAGGGGAAGGUUUGGGAGUGAAGAGGAGGGGUCUGGGAGUGAAUGGGAGGAGUUUGUCAGGGAGGAGGGAGGAGUUUCUGAAUUAGGGAGGGAGAAGAAAUAAGCAAGCCGUGAUUUCUUUCUCCCUCUGUGUCUCUUUUCCUCUCUGCCUCCUGUACUUUUGUACUUAUGUACUGCAUUCACCAAUGGGCACAUACACUUACAAACACACAUACGCACACACACACAUGCACACACGGACACACAUUGUUCCUGAAAAUAAGAACAGACCCAUGUAAUGUCAUUUUUUAGUCAUCAUGAAAAGUGCAAUAAGCUAUCUGGGCACAUGAUAGUGUGUGAGAAUUGAAAGCCACAGAAAAGGUUAGGGUUAAGCCUCUGAUGGGGUUCCAUUUCCAAAUAAUCACCCACUAUCAGAGGUUCUGGGAACUAGCAGUCAUGUUUUAAAAUCUAUUCACGGGAGGAUUGCACAGAAUCGCGUACCCGCCACGCAAUCGGAACCUCAAACCAAAAUACCGGCAGCCCAAACGGGGAAACAAGCACACUGAAACGGGACGGCGGUAGCACACUGAAACGGGACGGCGGUAGCACAACUCUCCCUCUUUUCUGUCCCUGUUUGAUGAUGUCAGCGAUGAUGCGCGUAGGGAGAGAGGAGUCUCAUAACCAGAAUCCCCCCUUUCUCUGUGACACACCCAACCCCCAUCUGUCCUUUAAGUCAUGAGCACUUUGACACACCCAGUAGAACCAGGUUGUGGGGGGCAUAUCAGCUAGGUGGGGUAAUUUGCGGGGGGCAGAGGGGGGCUGUUUCUGUCUUUCUGCAUAAAUGCACUUUCAGUUGGUAAAUCAAUGAUAAUCCAUCAGAAUGUUUUCAGUUGAAUGUCUGAAGCUGGAAAAACACUGCCCUCUAGUGGCAGACAAAGUGUUCUUGUUUUAAAGUGGUGCACAGGAAUUCUGGGUAAAGGGGGUUCAUUGCAAAGCCAGUUUCAUUAAUAUACAGCACAGGUUUGAGAGCAAGCGACGUAGCAUGACUAAUUAACAGAAGGAGAGGGAAGGUUAAUUUGACAUCCAGGGAGGCCAGUUUAAUUAUUGUGCUCUAAUUGUGUGACUGAGGCUCCCUUAACCCCAGAACCCACUACUGGGUGCUGUCAAUCACUGACAUGAACCAAUCACAAGCCUGUGCUCUCCAGAGCUGAAACCCUGAUUGGGUGCUGUCAGAGAGUCACUGGUAGAAACGUGUUAGCUCCGCCCCUUUCUCUCUCCAGCAAUAGUGGUCAGCACAGUCUUGCUCCUGGAGCCCUUUCCACAGUAAAGUAUUAGUCAGUUUCCUCUCACUAUGCAGGGUACUGAAGAGUCAUAAUCAUUAUUAUUAUUAUUAUUAUUAUUUUCCUUUGCAUAUCAUUAUGGUUGUAAAAGUUUAUCGCACUUUUACCCCUAGUAAGCACAAUCUGAUUAACCCAACCCCCUGAGUUCUUACAGCACUCGUCUUCUCCCUGAACCUGCCCCCCUCCUUUAUUACGGGACAUUCCAGUGUUACUACCUAACGUAGGUACGGCCCCCUGUCCCGCUUCCUUCCGUCCUGCUCACACUGCGUAUUACACUGUGCUUAUACGAUACUUCCUUUAUUCAUUUCCCCCCUCCCAAACUGUAGCAGUUUCUUUUUAUGUUCACGAGGGCGCACCCGUACGUCACGCAGCAUGUCUACCUGUCCGCCAUUCCGGGUCAACAGCUCGUUUUCAUCACGCAGCGUAGCUCCUCAUCCUCCUCCCUCCUGUUAAGACUUUUUGGGCUUUUAUUUUGAUAGUGGCGCAGUAGCUGACUAGAGCUUGUUUUUCAGGCUUUUAUUUUGACAGUGGUGCAGUGGCUGAAUACAGCUAAUUUUUCAGGCUUUUAUUUUGACAGCGGCGCAGUGGCUGAAUAGAGCUCAUUUUUUCAUGCUUUUAUUUUGACAGUGGCGCAGUGGCUGAAUAGAGCUCAUUUUUUCGGCCUUUCUUUUGACAGCGGCGCAGUGGCGGAAUAGAGCUCAUUUUUUUGGGCUUUUAUUUUGACAGCGGUGCAGUGGCUGAAUGGAGCUAAUUUUUUUGGGCUUUUAUUUUGACAGCGGCGCAGUGGCUGAAUAGAACUCGUUUGUUGUGUCACAUUUGGGAAUUAAUCCAGAGCCACAGCUCACGCCACUUUAUGCACAGACCAGUCACACAGCUGCGCGUUUGCUGGAGCAAGGAGCUUUGCUCUGGUGUGCAAAUGGCAGUGCCACACCACAGAUUCGAACCUGCAAUCUCAGAAAUAAGUUCAGUUCCUUGAACAUUAUAGUGUCCUGUCGGCCUUGAACAUCGCCUGUGUCACCUGCGUAUUACGUUGUACAGCUGCUGCAAGAUUUAGUUAAAAAAUGUAGUGCAAAUUUCACACAACCAGAA